AUGGCGUCAACGAAUGCGCGCUAUGUGCGCUACCUGCUAAUCGCCUUUUUCACAAUCCUCGUUUUCUACUUUGUCUCCAAUUCAAAGUAUGAGGGCGUGGAUCUCAACAAGGGCACCUUCACAUCGCCCGAGUCGACCAAGACGACACCAAAGCCGCCUGCCACUGGCGAUGCCAAAGACUUCCCUCUGCCCCUGACCCCGAACGAUCCCGGCUUCAACGACCUCGUCGGCAUCGCUCCUGGCCCCCGAAUGAACGCCACCUUUGUCACCCUCGCCCGAAACAGCGACGUCUGGGACAUUGCACGCUCGAUCCGCCAGGUCGAGGAUCGCUUCAACCGACGGUACAACUAUGACUGGGUCUUCCUCAACGACAAGCCCUUUGACAACACCUUCAAGAAGGUCACGACGUCUCUGGUGUCCGGCAAGACGCACUAUGGCGAGAUUGCGCCCGAGCACUGGUCGUUCCCCGACUGGAUCGACCAGGACAAGGCCAAGAAGGUGCGCGAGGACAUGGCUGAGCGCAAGAUCAUCUACGGCGACUCGGUCAGCUACCGCCACAUGUGCCGCUUCGAGUCCGGCUUCUUCUUCCGCCAGCCCCUGAUGAUGAACUACGAAUACUACUGGCGCGUGGAGCCCUCCAUCGAGCUCUACUGCGACAUCCACUACGACCCCUUCCGCUUCAUGGUUGAGCAGGGCAAGAAGUACAGCUUCGUGAUCAGUCUCUACGAGUACCCGGCCACGAUUGCCACGCUGUGGGAGAGCACCAAGAAGUUCAUCAAGAACCACCCCGAGCACAUUGCCCCUGACAACUCGAUGCGCUUCCUCAGCGACGACGGCGGCGAGACAUACAACAACUGCCAUUUCUGGUCCAACUUUGAGAUUGGCAGCCUGGAGUGGCUGCGAAGCAAGCAAUACCUUGACUUUUUCGAGUCCCUGGACAAGGAUGGCGGCUUCUUCUACGAGCGAUGGGGUGAUGCCCCCGUCCACUCGAUUGCCGCCGGCCUGAUGCUCAACAGGAGCGAGAUUCACUUCUUCAACGACAUUGCCUACUGGCACGUGCCCUUCACCCACUGCCCCACGGGUGAGAAGACGAGACUGGAUCUGCGCUGCCACUGCGACCCCAAGGAGAACUUUGACUGGAAGGGCUACUCUUGCACAUCCCGAUUCUUUGAGAUGAACGGCAUGGACAAGCCCGAGGGCUGGGAGAACCAGCAGGACUAA